GGCGGAGGGCGGACCGGCGUCAUGCGUGGCGCUGCUCCACGGCGUGUCCGUAUCCCGCGAGGGCCGCCUCUCCUGCCCGCUGCAGUGCGGGGCGCUGCUGGCGGGGCUGCUGCCGCCCGCAUGGCCGCAACCCGCGGAGGCGGCGGGGGCGGCGAUGAGGUCGGCGAUGGAGGCGGCGGCGGGGGGAGAGGCGGGGACGGCGGCGGGUGGUGCGAAGGCGGCGGCAGCACCCUGGUUCGCAGGAGCGGGAGCAGGGGGAGGUGGUGCGGUGCGGCCGUACGACAUGCUGCUGCGGGGCACCCUGGAGCAGCCGGCGGUGACAGCCCUGGAUGACAAGCUGGAUGCGGAGUCCGUGUUUUCCGCCUGCCGCUCCGGGCAGCUGCCCCCCUGGGUGCGCCACGUGGUGGCCGACCACGCGGAGUUCAUCGAGCUGCUGCCGCACCACCUGCACGCAUGGCU